CUCUUUUCUGUGGUGGAUUUGCACCAAAUCUUACUUGGAUUUCUUGGGUUGUCUCCCUACCACAAGGUAAAAUGGAUGUGUAUCUAGCCAUCAGCAUUUGUGGGCAAGGAUUGCUCCUGGAUUGGGGCUGCAAGCAAUUAUUGCAUGAAGAAUAUUUGUUUGUGGCCAUGUGUAAAACCUUGGGCAGGUGGUGCUCUGAAAGCUUCCAGGAUUGUAACUAUGGUCACUUCCACACUUUGCAUGCAUUCCCAGUGAUGCCUUUUCCAGGUUAGGGAUAAAAGGUUUCUAUUUUAGGGCAGAACAAUGUCAUUAAGAAAAACACAAUAAACUUCCACUGUUUGCAGUAAAAGGCUUUCCUUUUCCCGCUCUUUAUAAAUAAGCUUCUGGUGAUAAAUAGGAACAGCACAAAACUGAUGCCUGCCUGAGAAACUGGAUCUGUGUGCUGUGACUGGGAAUGCUGGGAGACAGGGUGUGCACUUUAUUGUGGGAAAUCCAGAUGGAAAACCAGCCCAGUCCUUCCACACCCCUUGGUGAGGCAGUGCCUGGCGAGCCCUCUGCCACUCACGGGUUCCUCACCAUGCGCUGCUCCAGGCUAAGGCUCCCAAAAAUUGCCAAAGCCCUGAUUUGCCUCGUUGUUGUAUUACAGUUCUGCCUCUUCCUUGGCAAUUCCAGCUCCUUGUUUGACUUGGCAAAGACAAAGAUUUACAGGAAAUUGAACAUUUUCCAGCAUGCCCCAGAGACACAACAAGUGGACCCCCAAGAGCAACAGGGUUUGAACUCUUCUGAUAAUGGGAACUCCAGGAGCAUUUUAAAGGUGACUUUGGGAGGACACAUCACAAGGCUCAAUGAUGUGGUGGAGAGCACACCAAGAAAAGGAAAGGAGGAGCAGAAGGAAACAAUGAAACCAGUUAUGAGUGUUAAGGAAGAAAAGGGGAACAUGGCUGUGAAACCACCAUCCCAGUCGGAGGGAAUCAAGGAGACAACAGUGAAAACAACCCCUGUGGUGCAGGAAAACGAGGGGAAAACAACAGUGAGGCCAGCUCCAUGGGUGGAAAAAAACAAGGAAAAGACAACAGUGGAACCACUUCCCUUGGAGAAGGGUGGCAAGGAGAAAGCAACAGUGAAACCAUCCUCUGGGGUGAAGGGAGCACAUGAGAACAGCACAUCCCCAGACCAAGCAAAACCCAAAGCUCCUCCUGCAUCAAUGAAAACUGUACCGCCUACUCCUCAGGCUGCUGCUGUGACACAGAAGAGGAAACUGAGCUCUGUUAACUUCACAUCUGAGCCACAGUGGGAUUUUGAGGACGAGUACCUGCUGGAUAGCUCAUCCCCAGCCUCGACCUGCUCUGAAUCAGUGAGGGCCAGGGCUGCCAAGUCUGCCUGGCUGAGGGAUCUUUUCCUGCCCAACAUCACACUCUUCAUGGACAGGAGACACUUCAGUGACAGUGAAUGGAACCGCCUGGAGCAUUUUAUACCCCCCUAUGGCUUCAUGGACCUCAAUUAUUCACUGGUGAAGGAGGUCAUAUCCCUGCUGCCCCCAAAGCCCCACCAGCAGCUGCUCCUGGCCAACCAUGACAGCAGCAUGCCCACGUGCAUCAGCUGUGCUGUCGUGGGGAACGGAGGAAUUCUGAAUAACUCUGGGAUGGGCCAGGAGAUUGACUCCCAUGACUAUGUCUUCAGGCUGAGCGGGGCUCUAAUCAAGGGUUAUGAAAAAGAUGUGGGAACAAAAACUUCCUUUUAUGGAUUCACAGCCUACUCCCUGGUUUCCUCUCUUCAGAUCUUGGGACACAGAGGGUUCAGGAACAUCCCACGGGACAAACAUGUCAGAUACAUUCACUUCCUGGAGGGAGCAAGAGACUAUGAGUGGCUGGAGGCUCUGCUGUUCAACAAGGACAUCAGGAAAGGAUUCCUGAACCUCAGUGGGCAGAAGCCCCGGCAGAAAUUCGAUGAAGAUUUCACAAUGGACAAAUACCUGGUGACUCACCCUGAUUUCCUCAGAUACAUGAAAAACAGGUUUUUAAAGUCUAAAAAUUUGCAAAAGCACUACUGGAGGCUGUACAGACCCACAACAGGGGCCUUCCUGCUGCUGACUGCCCUCCACCUCUGUGACCAGGUCAGUGCCUAUGGCUACAUCACAGAGGGGUAUGAGAAGUACUCAGAUCACUACUAUGACAAGGAGUGGAAAAAGCUGAUUUUCUACAUUAACCAUGACUUCAACCUGGAGAAGCAGCUGUGGAAAAGGCUUCAUGAUGAGAAUAUAAUGAAACUUUACCUGAGAACCUGACUGCAGCAAGGGCCAUUGCCUGGGAAAUCUCAACAACACCUCACAGAGAACAGAAGAGGAUCCCCAGAGCCAAGGUCAGCUCUGCACUGCCAGGCACAUUUCAUCCCCACAAAGACAUUUCCCUCCUUCAGCAGCUCUGUAAUUUCACAACAUUUCAACAAAUGUGUGAAUGCUGCAGACCCAAAGACCAACAGGAAAUGCAGCCUGCAAAUAAAUCCCACCUGGCUGUGCUGCAGGGGUCUUGCUGGUUGUUGUAGGCAUGGGCAUUAUGAGAACAGAAUCCAGGAUGGAUAUGGUCCUGUGUGUAAUUUCUCUCUCUGCAAGAAGAUGCUCCUCAGGCUGGGGCCACUUCUCUUCUGCGUGGAUCCUCUCCUUUAGCAAUGCCCAUUUUGGAGCUGGGUGUUGUCUAAACAAACUCCCUGAGGAGCUGGAAUGGAUGGAGGUGGAAAUACAGAUUCUGUUUCAGGUUGACUUUAUUUCUUGGGAGGAGGGGGCUGCACUCACUCUGCUCCCUGGAGAUAAAAAGGAUGGAGUGGACACUUCCAGGUGACCAAUUUGGGAGAGAAUGAGUUUCACUUCUGCUACCUAGAAUGGCCUUGCUCUGACACUUCCAGAGCAGCACUGCCAUCAACUUCAGGGCAGGCAGCUGCUCUCCAUGGUGCAGCACACCUCCUGUACCUGCUGCCUCUUGCCCCAGGGCUCCCCUGGCUGCACAAAAUGUGAAUUUUGUGGCAUGGACCUGAUGUGCCAAGUCCUUGCACAGCUGGACUCGGUCAUGCUUGGCUCCCAGCUGUGUUUGUCCUGUUGGAGGUGGAAGCUCUCCAAGCCCAGGGAUGGAUGCCAUGUGUCAUUGCUGCUGGCUGAAGGGCCUGUCUCCCACGGUGCUGAGAGGGGCCCAGCUGCAGCCAGCACACCUGGGGUGUGUUGGCCUCCUGGAAGGGGUUUUGUAAGCAAAAUAAAUGGCACUGCUUUGGCCAAGCUGAUCUUUCA